AUGCUUCUGAACAAGAGAAGUUUUACUAUUUUUCAUCUUCCGAAAAUAGAAAGGGAUUUAACUAAUACUGGCAGAAAUAGAAUUCUAAGGACAUUCAAUCAGUUAGUGCUAGACCGAGCAGGUUCUAAUAGCAGACAGCCUGACACAACAAGGAAACUAGAUAAAAAGACAACAAAAAGAGAACUGACUGGGGGAAAAGAACUCGCCGUUCUAACUGCCUUUGUAAAUAGAAUGCGUCAAAGACCAUUACUUGACGAUAAAAUACGGACAAUCCGUGACUUCAACCGCCGACCCAGAACGGGAAGGGUGUUCAAGUUGAUAUAUGAUCCUUCAGUAAAAUUUUAUCUUACACCAAAGCGGGUACAUGGCUUAUUAUCGACAAAAAAGGUAAAGGCAAAACUUAAGACCGCUCAUGAGUUUAAAUCAUUAAUGACAUUAUUAAACGCGUUAUCCAAUCGCGAGAUCACUGGACGAGAGGCUCUUUUGGCUACCGGGAAAUUUAUACAGAAAUAUUGUGUAACGCCUGAAAAACGAGAUUUGUUCUUUAGAAUCUUGGACAAGGAUCUCGAUAUCGGAAUGACUGCAGAAGCUGUCAAUAAACUUUGGGAGGAUACUCCACAAACGCGUCAGUAUUAUUAUUCAAAGACUGUUUCAAAUCCUGCUAUUGAUAAAGAAUCAACCUCGAUCUGUUCGGCUACGCAGCAAUUCGAUACGCUUGCAGCAUUUGUCGAAGAGAUUAAAGCCACGAACACGUUUGCAGAAAAAUAUAAGAUUCUAUCUGCGCAUCCAGAAUGUCAUUCCUUGCUCAACAAAAUCUAUGAUCCGACUGAAAAGUUUAACAUAACAAGCAAAAACUUGAUCAAAUACAUGCAGAAUAAGCCUCGAGGAUAUUUUGACAGUGAUCCGACCAAUUUACCGAAACAGUUACAGAACGCUCCCGUGUAUGAUAAUAUAGAGUCUCUGUUAAGUGCUUUGUCGGAACGACAGAUAAGCGGUCAAUUGGCUCGGUUUGCGGUUGCAAGAUUUGUGCAUAUGAAUUGUACAAAGCCCAUACAUAAAGAACUCAUGUAUAAAAUUCUUUGCAAAAAUCUCAAAAUUGGAAUGAACAUACAACGGAUCAAAAAAGUGUGUGGUGUCGACUCGAUAGCUACAUUUUCCGUAGCUCUUGGACGUACUUUGAAGAUGAACCAGAUUGACUCUCUCUUUGCAUCAUCGAAUGAAGAGGAUUCAAAUAAAUGGUUUGCUUCGAGAAAGCUGGAUGGUGUUCGCUGUCUAGUCGUGGCGCGUGGGAUGAACGUCAGAGCGUAUUCCAGAUCGGGCAAAUCUUUUGUGACUCUAAAAAAGAUAAUAGAGUGCGUGAAGCAAAUUAUCCGCAAACAUAGAAAAGUAUUAUACCGCAAGUUCUGGAAUGAGGGUCUGGUGCUGGACGGUGAAUUAUGCGUGAUUUCUGAAGGCAUUGAUGGGCAGUUUCGCGAGACUUUCGCUGAUGCCAUGGCGGUGGUUGGUACAGCCAAUCAACAGGUGGAAGAUCCGACAUAUUGUGUGUUUGACUGUCUGUCGAAAGGCGAAUUUGAAAGACGCGUCGGAGAAAGGACUUUUGCAGAACGCCUGGAGUUUAUGAAAAUGUUGAUAGAAAAUCCAAUAGAAAAAAAGGAAAGAGUUGGACUUUUGGAUCAAAUUGAAGUAAAUAAUGGGGAACAUUUACGAAAUCUGAUUUCUCAGGCUUCGUCUGCUGGAUGGGAAGGCUUGAUACUGCGAAAAAACGUUGGAUAUGAAGGCAAACGAAGUUGCAAUAUGCUAAAGAUCAAGCAACAUCGAGAAGCAGAAUAUCAAGUGAAAGCCAUCGAAACUGGUCCUAUGAAUAUCUACGUUAAUGGAAAAGUUGAAGAGCGUGACGUAUUGACGAAUGUGUUGGUUGAGCAUGCUGGCAAUAAGGUAAGCGUUGGUUCGGGUUUUACAGUGGAGCAACGCAUCAAGUACAAAGAACGUCCGGAUCUAAUCAUUGGAAAAGAGAUCACGGUACAAUAUUUCGAUGAGACUGAAGUAUCAGACAAGAAAUCUAGAUCAUCAAGGAAACGGACGAAAACAGCGAGAGACGAUAAAGUUAGCAUAGAGAACACCACAGCUGGUGUAGUUAGGUCACUCCGAUUUCCGACGGUAAAGGCCGUAUGGGAGAACGGUAAAAGAGAUGUUUGA